AUGCGGAAUGUCGGAGGUGACAUAAUGGUCGGUGAUGAUCCAUAUGAUCCAUACAAGUCCCUCACCAAUCCCUAUUACAACUAUUACGACGCUUAUUUUCGGCCCAGAACUAGGACCCAGGAAAGAGAGCGUCCAAGCUCAAACUCUGUCCAGCACGGUCUCCCAGACCUAGUGCCUGAUCCUCAUUACGUCCAGAUAUCGACGUAUGUGCAGAGAUCUGCCAUGUAUAACCUCCGUUGUGCUGCAGAGGAAAAUUGCCUUUCUAGCUCAGCGGCAUCGGCUCAAGAUUAUGAUACGCGAGUGCUCUUGCGCUUCCCGGGGCGCAUUAAGAACCAAGGCUCCGCAGACUUCCGGCCAAGCCGACCACGCUAUGCUUGGCAGUGGCAUGCGUGUCAUCACCACUUCCACAGCAUGGAUGAGUUCUGCCACUAUGAGCUGCUGGAUGCCAGCACGCAGGCUCGUGUGGCGGAGGGUCACAAGGCCAGUUUCUGCCUGGAGGACACCUCCUGUGACCCGGGCUACUACCGCCGCUACGCCUGCACCUCUCACACCCAGGGCUUGAGUCCUGGCUGUUAUGACACCUACAAUGCAGACAUUGACUGCCAGUGGAUCGAUAUCACUGAUAUCAGGCCAGGGAAAUACAUUCUGAAGAUGACUGUGAAUCCCGGGUUCCAAGUUCCAGAGUCGGACUUUAGUAAUAAUGUUGUGCGCUGUGAUAUUCAGUACACAGGGAACUACGCUCAUGCCAGCGGCUGUCACGUAUCUCAAUAUUAAGCCAUUGAAGCAGUCCUUAAUGUGGGACGAACAUCUUAAAGCCUUGAACUGCCUUCGUUUAAAAAGCUACCUCUUGAAGAGCUAUCAGAAGGAAGGAUGGAUUGAGGAGUAAUUACAAUUAGUAAACAAUUAAUCCCAAGAGCAGGAAAGGCACAUACAUUACCUGAAGACAUAUAUUUGUUUAUCUGAAAGUAUUCUGACUCCAAUUGUUUAUAGUUUUACCACACCAUUUGAGUUUUAUUAAUUUUAUGAGCAGGACUUGAAAUCAUACAUUUAUUUUAAAGGAUAACCUUCACUAUCAUUUUUUUUCAGGAAGUACAUCCUGAAUGUAUUUAUUGUUUAUUCAGAGACAGUAUUUGUGUAGAUCGGAUUUUUAUUUCAAGUAGAUAGUUGUUUAGCAAACAAAUAGUAUAUGUGUAAAAACAAUCAAGAAUUGCAGUGUAGAUUUGAAGCUGAUAUAUUGUAGAUUUCAUAGUAAGGCCUCUUUCCUUUUUUCAGAAAAUUAUUAAUUGCAUGUGACAUUCUAAUUUCUGUUGUUAUUAUUAACAUAUAAUUCUAACAGUAACAUUAAGCCUAGAAGCGAUGUUUUUAGAUACAUUACCGUUCAAAAGUUUGGGGUCACUUAGAAAUGUUCUUGUUUUCCAUGAAAACAUAUAUGAAAUGAGUUUGAAUAGAAAAUAAAGCAAAAUGAAUAAGAAAUAUAGUUGUUGACAAGGUUCAAAAUAAAGAUAUUAAAUUGUGUCCUUCAAACUCUACUUUCGUCAAAGAAUCCCCCAUUUGUUUUUCUUUCAAAAACAAUAACAUGUCUACGCACUUUAUUUCCAAACUCACAAAAAAAAGAUGUUUUCAUGGAAAGUUCUAAGUGACCCCAAACUUUUGAACGGCAAUGUAUAUCUAUAAAUAUGUAUCUUUUCAAAACUAUUAAGACAACAAUGCUUAAAGUAUUUCUUUAUAUUUAUGCUGGUGCUAUCAUUAUUGACACCAAAAUAAUGACUAGUAUGAUGAUGAUAUAUAUAAACAAUCAAUACUUGAAUAAAAGCUGUUCUGACAGUG